AGAGAGGGAAAGGAAGAAAGCUGCUAGCAGCUACGGAGAAGAGGAGGAAGUGGGAGAUGAGCUGCUUCCUGUAGCCUGAACGCUGAUUGAAGACAAAGCUGGGUGUGGACCAGUCCCCGGGCUGCAGCCGCCCCUACACACACAGCGCUGCCGCGGCUCAGGGGGCGACUCCUACUACUGCUGGACGGCUGCGCGGGCUGGGCUGGAGCUCGCUGCAAGCAAGCGCAGCGCUGCCAGGGAAGCCGCUCUUUCACCAAGCCCCGGGCCAAGCUAGAUCUGCCAGUGAGCCUCAGGCUUUGGAAACUGAAGAGAGUGUCUGAAAGACCCACCCAGUGCUCCAAUGGCCAGCAACAACACCGCCAGCAUAGCGCAAGCCAGGAAGCUGGUAGAACAGCUUAAGAUGGAAGCCAACAUCGAUAGGAUAAAGGUCUCCAAGGCAGCUGCAGACUUGAUGGCCUACUGUGAGGCGCAUGCCAAGGAGGACCCCCUGCUGACCCCUGUCCCGGCCUCAGAAAACCCUUUUCGGGAGAAGAAGUUCUUCUGCGCCAUCCUUUAAGUCUCCAGGAGGGGGCCAAAGAGCCUCCGGGCUCCUGGGACUUUGCCGUAGAGUUUCUAGCAAAGUGGGCGCCUUCCUCGCCCACGGCAUUUAAAGAGAGGGAGGAGAACCAUCGCGAAACUCCAGGCUGUGCAUGUUUAAAGAACUGGUCCCUUUUAAGAGAAUGAAAGCCGAGCCACAUCCUGACUUAAGAGAUCUGAUUCUGCAGACCUGCCUGGAGGAGGGGAAUGUAUAAAAAUAAAAUUGGUGGCACUUCUUUUCUGCUAUGCCCCUCCCCCUCAUGAGACCUUACGUUUCUGCUUCAUAUUUAAAACAAAUAAACAUUAAAACAGACAGCUGUACUGAGCUAAGAUACGUAUGACCUUCUCGGAAUGAACAUUGUCUUUAGAUCCCCUUUGAUAAGCUGAGUCCAGUGUUUGGUUCCAUGGCAUCGUUGUUUAGUCCUUGUGCCUUUCUUUUUCUUUCUUCCUUUUACCUCCUCCCUGUCCCUCCCCAUUAGAGUAGUUUGGAGAUAAGGCUGGACUUGUGUGUAACGCUGAACUCCAAGAACAGCACACAGAAUGCUUAGGGAGGUGUUCCUCACGGUAAUGACGAAACACAACCACCGGUUGUCUGUGCUUUCUGAUCACUAUUCCUAAUAUUUGUACACGAUAGCUUUGAUUCUGCAAGUAAAUCAUGUGUUGUGACUGGUGCUUUCAUAUCUUUGUGACAAUUUUUGAGUAAUAAUGCAUGAAAAUGUCCCUAUGUUACAUCCAUUCAGAAGUUUUGUUGUUUUACUAUAAAAGGAGAGAGAUGAGAGAAAGAGAGAAAGAUGCUGGGGAGAAAAAGCCCUCAGUAGUGUGAAAAUUGAGAUUACUUCAGAGCCUUAGCCAUGCCUAAAAUACCUCCUAAUUAAACGUGGUGGAGCGCCUCUUCUCUAUUUCCCAGAUCCCAAAGCAUUUUGGGUUAGCAAGGACCCAGGGCAGCACAGGCACCCCCAAGCAGGACAGUUAAAGGUUCACCAUGAGCUGAGAAGCGUUUGGUCAGAGAACCUGAGCAAGGUCCCUCUUCCUCGAGUCACAGAAAUAUAAGACCAAAACGAACACUUUCUGUGCUCUCACCAAGAACCCCAGAGUCCUCCUUUGUUCAAAUAUCAGAAGAAACAAACAGAGGACUCCAAAAAAGUGGCCCGGGAACAGAACGCUGCCACCCCGGACAACAGGGCCCCGCAGCCAGCUUCUGGGGCGCAUGUGCAGCCCCCUCAGCUGGCUCCACCAGAAAGGGGUCUGCUGGACUCCGACAGCGCCUACAUUUGUCAUUUCUCAAUUUUUCAAAGAAAUCUUUGUUUUGCUCCUCUACCUUGUCGGAGUCCCUGGGUCUUUACAACCUCCUUGCAUUCCGAGUGCUCCCUUCCCGGGAUGAGAGGUUCAGAGUGAUGCUUCCCAGUCCUGCAGCUGGAGCCACUCCGAGCUGCAGCCCCUGCAGGAGCAUCCGUCACUUGUGUCCGCGUCCCUUCUACUCAAAAAGGGCCUCUCUCGCAUCCUGCUUCCUUUCAAACCCCCAAAGACCAUUGACUUCGAAUUAACUUCAUCCUUCUCUCUUUCCUCACCACUCUCUUUCCUCUAUUAAAAAAAAAAA